AUGGCUAUUGAUUUGAUCAUUGUUUAUCAACGUGAAAUUGAUCGAUUAACAACAAGAAUCAAUGAAUUAAAAGUAUUUUAUAUGGCUAAUCAAAUAACAGCUGCACAAACAAUUGAAUUAUCACAAGCUGCUGGACAAAAACUUUUGGCACAAUUCGAAUUAGAUAAAUUAAAUGCUGAAGGUCAACGUCGUAAUAAUGCAAAUCCAACAACAGCAACUGGCAGUAAUUAA